CUCCGCAGGUUCAUCAUGUCGUUGAGUGCAACAGAUGCUGAACAUCUGUACAAGGCCGUCCAUAAGGCUGUGCCGAAGGGGUCCCGGCCGGUGUCCGACGAGAGCCCCAAGGCCAAGGCCAUGGCGCCCUCAGGCAGACGCAUCGAUUUCGCGUCAAGUGAGGGAAAGGAGCAGGACGCGGAGCCAGCGGGGGCCCAGGAACGCAAGAUACGUAACGGUGUGGGAUCGAGAAAGCCUCUGACACUGAGUGAAGAGACUCAGGGAGAUUCGCGUCGGCACUUCCAGACAGCCAAGUAAUCACUCACGAAACAGGAAGAUCUCGCUGGCACAAGUGCUCGGUGUGUGUCAUUUCCUUCAGGGGCCGCAGCGGGGCUGGCAGCCAGAUGCCCAGUGGCUGGAGAUAUCACUCGACGGGAGAGCAGCGCGGCCCUCUCAGCCGACAUCAAAGCGUGGCUGUCAUCUCUUUGGAAUCGUUCAGGUACGUAGACUCCCGAAGCAUUGUGUCAGGGAGCUGCGAGCAGACACACACAACCGAGAUCCGGGGAUCUUUUUGCAGGAGAGACCCAACGCGCGCCGGCAUCCGGACGAGAAAUCGCCCUCACAUGCAGCUGGCGCCUUCGGCGCCUGGGGCCCCUGCAAGUAGGCCGACGAGGCCGGGGCAGGGACACAGAGUGGACUGUCACUUUAUGCCUCUGUGUCUUGCAGCCCCCCAUUCCUACACUGAUGGCUGGAGACAAAGUAGGAAGAAGAGAGAGCUGGCUCCAAUCCAAUCACACGCUCUAUGUCUCUCUUCUUUGUGUCGGCAGCUUUUCGUUCGAGUGACUAUUCGCAUCUGCAUACGCUUACAGAUCCCAUCACGGGCAGAUGUGAGACCAGCACAUCAACUCUCUGAAACGUUAAGGUGCGUCUGCGAAAUCUGUAUAGAUGGCGUGCCGUCGUCUCCUCGUGGCAUUCGGGUCACUUCACCGGCGAUUUCGGUAAACACGAUGGCGGCACGAUGGCCCUUUUGUCAUUCUCCGUCGCUCAGGAUGAGUACAUACGGAUGACGAACAAGAGGUUGCUGCUGCCGUCACAGAGGGGGACGCCGCGAUCACGUAAGUGCACACACGGACAGUCUCACUCGGCUUGGGCGCCCAUUUGUGAGCAUUGGCGCAUCAGGGAGUCCGCAUCUACGGGAGACACUUCACGACGAACCCCCGCAGCACAGAACGAGUAGCGAAUGUCACCACAUGCGAGAAGCGUGCAUGACAUGUCUCUCCGAAAUGAUUGCAUGAUGUAGGCAUCCGAACAUUCUCCCCAACCGCCUCCGGACCAGGAGAUAAGAUGGCUGCCACCCUGGUCACGAACGUCGUGCCGUCCAUGAGCGACACGCCCCGAUCGUCCAUUCUGCCGUUCGACGAAGACAACAAUUUUGCGCGUGCCACAUACGGCAUCUACAUGAACAUCAGCACACACCAAUACGGACAGAUCUUCCGGUACGUGAAGGGGUGCAUGUCAGCUUGUAUGUAUGUGUCUGCCUUGGAUGCUCUUGCGUGCCAUAGGUCUCGCGGCCUCAGCAGUGAUCCAUCGUGGUACAUGCAUGAUCGUGACGGAGUUGACUUCAGACGCAAAGUGCCGCCAUGACUGAGUGAUCGCUUGAACGGACCACGAUUGGC